CUCCCCCGCUGGCCCGGAAGUGCUUGUCUAGGGUUCGGGCUGGAGAGAGGCCUUGUAGACCCAAGCGCCGAGGCUCCGUCGGCUCCGCGUCGGGGGUCGGGUCGCGGAGAGAGUGAGGAGCUCCGCGGCCGCCUCCCCGCGUCCUCGCAGCGCCUUCGCGCCGACGAAAUGGCUACCAAGAAGUAGAUGCCCAGACGUAAUGGUGAGGAACUAAUCCACGUGUCAUGAAAUAAGAUGCAGUAUACUGUCCAUCCAGAUUAGGACAAAAUCAUAUUUGUUUUUCUCAGAAAAGAAUUCCAAAAGGUUAAGGUAACAAACAAAGACAUUGUAUUUUGAAAUAUGAUUCAUCUCCUGAUGCAGCAUCAGAGGCUAACAGUAUUAAUGGCUAGAUCUAGUGUUCACAUGGUCUUCUGAAGAAGCCAUGGGUAGCUGUUGUAGCUGUCCAGAUAAAGACACUGUCCCAGAUAACCAUCGGAACAAGUUUAAGGUCAUUAAUGUGGAUGACGAUGGGAAUGAGCUAGGCUCUGGUGUAAUGGAGCUCACAGACACAGAGCUGAUUUUGUACACCCGGAAACGUGACUCAGUAAAAUGGCACUACCUCUGCCUACGACGAUAUGGCUAUGACUCUAAUCUGUUUUCUUUUGAAAGUGGUCGAAGGUGUCAAACUGGACAAGGAAUUUUUGCUUUUAAGUGUGCCCGUGCAGAAGAAUUAUUUAACAUGUUGCAAGAGAUUAUGCAGAAUAACAGUAUAAAUGUGGUGGAAGAGCCAGUUGUAGAAAGGAAUAGUCAGCAGACAGAGUUGGAAGUCCCGCGGACACCCCGGACACCCACAACUCCAGGGCUUGGUGCUCAGAACUUACCUAAUGGGUAUCCCCGCUACCCUUCGUUUGGAGACGCUUCAUCCCACCCCUCAAGCAGGCAUCCCUCCGUGGGAAGUGCUCGCUUACCUUCAGUCGGUGAAGAGUCCACACACCCUUUGCUCGUGGCUGAAGAACAAGUACAUACUUAUGUUAACACUACAGGUGUGCAAGAAGAGCGAAAAAACCGUGCAAGUGUGCACGUUCCCCCAGAGGCAAGGGUUUCUAACCUUGAUGGCAACACACCAAAAGAAGAGCCGAGUAGCACUGAAGACAGGGACCCUCGCGUGCUUCUCAAGCCUGAAGGAGUCCAGUUUGUUCUCGGACCGACCCCUGUUCAGAAGCAGCUAAUGGAAAAAGAGAAACUGGAGCAACUGGGAAAAGACCCAGUCAGUGGGAGUGGGGCUAGUAGCACAGAGUGGGACACUGGCUAUGACAGUGAUGAACGCAGAGAUGUGCCCCCUGUUAACAAACUGGUGUAUGAAAAUAUAAAUGGGCUAUCUAUCCCUAGUGCCUCAGGGGUCAGGAGAGGCCGUCUGCCAUCUACCAGCACCUCAGACACCCAGAAUAUCAACAACUCAGCGCAGAGAAGACCUGCACUAUUAAACUAUGAAAAUUUACCGUCUUUGCCUCCUGUUUGGGAAGCCCGCAAGCUCAGUAGGGAUGAAGAUGACAAUUUAGGACCAAAGACCCCAUCUCUAAAUGGCUACCAUAAUAAUCUAGAUCCAAUGCAUAACUAUGUUAAUACAGAGAAUGUAACAGUACCGGCAAGUGCUCACAAAAUAGACUAUUCUCGGCGUAGGGAUUGCACACCAACAGUCUUUAACUUUGAUAUCAGGCGCCCCAGUUUAGAACAUAGGCAACUCAAUUAUAUACAGGUGGAUUUGGAAGGGGGCAGUGACUCUGACAACCCUCAGACUCCAAAAACGCCAACCACUCCCCUCCCACAAACCCCCACGCGGCGCACAGAGCUGUACGCUGUGAUAGACAUUGAGAGAACUGCUGCUAUGUCCAACUUGCAGAAAGCACUGCCGAGAGACGACGGUACAUCUCGGAAGACGAGACACAAUAGUACUGACCUGCCCAUGUGAGCCCGGGAGCACUUGCGUCAUUUGCACCCUCAUGAAGGGUUUCAAAGUGAGGAUGCAAUGCUUCAUUUUCAUUUCUACACUAACUCCUUUUAUAGACUGACCUUUUUUUCCUGAAUAUUUCAUGUGCAUCUUGAAAGGGAAUUAAUGCAGAGCAGGUACUCCUUAAAGAACACUAAUUUCAUGAUAUCUACUCAUUGUACAGCAGCAUCCCCAUUCUCACAGUGCCUAUUUAACACGAAAUUGAAGUGAAUGACGAACGUGCUGAUUUGUACUCAGUAUUCUGGGGGGAUGUGUAUCUUUCAUGUCUGAGUUGUGGUUGGCGUUUGAACCUUUUAUAAAGUCUCUUGAUAAUGCUCAUUGCUAAUAUAACUCUAGGCCCUGAGAGGAAUCCUCAUAGAUCACUGUUCCCAGGGUAUGGUCUCCAGCAUGGAACAUGAGGAUUUUAUUGCAUUAGUUAAAGGCUUUUUGACUUGGGCCAAAUUUGUGUCAAAGAAACAAAGAGAACCCCACUUCCUUUUGUACCAGUCAGCACCUCGGUCUUGAGCGUGCUGGGAAGAGUCCAAUCUCAUAACGAUAGAUAGCUGUGAUUUGACGGCAGGCAGCUGACAGCUGUGUCCCCACCUCCUGCUGUUAUCUGAAGGACGUGUUCAGAUAGCAUCUUACUCAGAGUUAGGAUGGGUUUAGGAGUCAGUCUCAGGUCACUUUACCCAAAAACAUUUGAAAGUCUGCACCCUGAUCUCUUGGUGUAUCUUUGUGAUAGAUUAUUGACAGCACAUUGUGUCUGGAGACAUUCGUGCCAUUCAAUCCCAUUGAGCUUCAGUUUUUUCCCCUUCAGUCUUUGGGUUGUCUUACCUUGUUAUGUAAUGUCUUUUUCAAUUUAGAGAACAAUGUUUGUGUAUCAUUUUGGAAUGGGAUUGUGUGUUUGCUGUUACUACGUAGGCUGCAUUUUUGCUGUUAUGGUCUUGAAGAUCCAUUUGGAACUGUUAUUCUCUAACAGGGUUGCUCUUGUCCAGUAUUUAUUUAUCUGCAGUUUACUUUUCAAGUUGAUGAAAAAAGCAUCGUUUGGAUUUUAACUUUCCUUUGUGUCCAUGGGUGAUCUCUUUAGUAGCUGAGAAGAAAAGAGAGAUACUCCUAAACAUGUGAGUCCCCGAAGAUCCUGUCCUCGCUGGGGCGCCGUGAGCAGCACUUUAGCAGGGCUUGUCUCAGCUCCAUGGCUGCAGGCCUGCUCUGCCCGCUCUGCUGUCCUCUCACGUGGAACUGGGCUCUUAUUACCCCAUGAUGUUGGUGAGCUGUUAAUAUUGUUGCCAGCAUAGCAGGUACAGGGAAGUCUUAAAGUAGUGCAACUAUGUCAUAAUUGCGAAUAUGACAUGAAUAAAGUUUAUAUAAACUGAUGAGGUCCCAGAUUUUGAACUCCUAGAAAAUCAAGAACGCUUCCAGACCACUGUAUAGUAAAGAGAAGGGAAGAGUGGAAAGACAGGCAGCCUUACGAAAUAGUCUACUUUUUUUCUCUAAAGUUGAGGAAGUUUCAUGUUAUGAUCUGGAUAAAACAGAUGUGACUAAGGUGGAUUUAACAAGAAAAGUCAUCUGUAUUCAGUAUAUUUAGGAACUCAUCACAGAACAGUGACUAGAUUAGCAGAACAGUAGCAUGGGGCAUGAUAAGUAGAUUAUUACAUGUGCUCAUCUUCAGUGCCAUUGGUCUAUAGCAUAACACACGUUUCUUUUUCCUUGUACCUCUGUGAACUAAAAUGUUCACUGUUCUCUUCAAGAGAGUAGUGGCUACAUAUGCAGUUUACAUAUUUAAUACACUGUUCCAUUCGUCCUUUCUUCUGAGUAGCUUGCUAAUUGUGCCAAAUUUCAGUGGUGGUUUUUGUGACGUGGGGUAAGGAUGCUGAUGGGAAAAGCAUACGUCUGGACAGAAGUGGCUCUCCACCUCAGAGAGCUGGUCUGCUUGGCCGUCUAAGGCUGGGUCACCUCAGAGGGCUGGUCUGCUUGGCCAUCUAAGGCUGGGUCACCUCAGAGGGCUGGUCUGCUUGGCCGUCUAAGGCUGGGUCACCUCAGAGGGCUGGUCUGCUUGGCUGUCUACAGGCUGCAUGCUUUGUUCUCUUUGUACUUUUCACUUUUCCUUCAGAUUUGAAUUAGAGUUUAUAGUUUUAGCUGACUGAUAUCAUCAUUGUAGCUUAUACUUUAAGUAGUAUAUGGCUUAAGAAUGCAAAUGGGACCAAUUUGCUAAGAAUUUGAUUUUAGGGUACAAUAUGAAUAUUAGGAAGAGGUAAACAGGUGUGUUAAUUUCUAGAUGUCUUCUGGAAACCACCUUUGUUUCUGUUUAAUCGGUCCUGUAGAAUACCUGUGUCCUUUACAGUUGUCUCAUAAUGGGCAUUUAGCUCUGUCCUGGAAGAAUGUACCUGUUACUAUUUGGUGAAAUUUUAGAGUGAGAUAUUUUAUUGGCACAUGUUUGUAGCCAUAUGUCUCAGAUUUUCUGAAGCAAACCUAAUUUCAGAUAAUUGGUUUUGUUGACUAGACCAUGUGACCCCACUUUUUGCUCCCUUGUUUUCUCCCCAGGUAAAAAUCCCUUUUUAGUUCAUAUAGAUCCUAACAUUCUUUCUAGACCAGGGCUGGAGACUGAUAUGGGUAUCACUAGUGUUUUCUGAAUGUUGUGUUUCCCAGUUUCAUCUUCCUUUGAAAAGUGUGAAUAUGGUGCCUUCCCUCCUCCCUCCCUCCAAGAAAACUGGCAAAUCGUCCCUUGUUCUCCCGCUGCUGUGGAGUGAUGAGACACGCACUUUACUUUUGAAGACUCAGCAAAAAGACUCACUUCUCAGCAUAUCCAUAAUAGACGGCAUUUUGGACUUAGGAAACUUUGCCAAGCAGUCUUUGUCAUUACACACAUUAAUGUCUCCCCACUACCACCCACACUGUGUUGUAAGUCGAACUGUGUUUGUUUAUGUUCCCCACUGCACCUACCCCAAAUCUGUGGCACAGCGUAUAAAAAUGUACCUCACUAAAGUUCUAUUAAAAAUGGGACAGGGGCCUUACGUUUUCAUAAUUUCCCAGCAAUGUGCCACCAUGUAUUUGCCUUAAGGCAAAGGUUUAACAAGCUAACAAGUACUUCCCAGUUCCUCUGUGCUGUUUUCUACCCACAAUACCCAAGUGUUUUGUGCAAUGUGCAGU